AUGUUUUCUACGCCUCCGAAUAAGAAUCGCUCCGGAGAAUCCUCUGCCACCGUUGGAGAACAAAUUAAGAGCCAAGCAGAGAAGUCCAAGAAAAAACAAAUGGCGGAUCAAUUCGUUGCUCUUUCACACCAGCGUGGUGCGGUUAAAGGAAAGCUUACCCGGAUCAAGAAUAGUCUUCGUUACGCAGGAGAAGAUGCACUCCCGGAAGUGCAUUUAUUACAAACAUAUUUGAAGACUAUCGAAGCGACCUACGAGGAGUUCAACGGUUUCCAGAACCGCAUUUACGCUCUCGCACCGGACAACAUGGAGGAUCAGGAAGCCAAAUACAUUGAAUUCGAAGACCUGUACAAUGAGGUUAGGUGUCAAGUGUGUCGUUUGUUGGAUCUCCACGCGAAGCAGGAAGAGCAGAAACAAGUGAUAGUUCCUACAACAUCUAGUGAUCCUGUCAGUCUACCAGCACCUAUUACUCGUAUGCAACCAUCUCCUUUCCUCAACACACCGCUACCAACGUUUGACGGAAAGCCAGAAAAUUGGUUCAAGUUCAAGGCGAUUUUCACCGACAUCAUCCGACGCUUUCCGGGAGAAUCCGACGCUACGAAAUUAUACCAUCUGGAUAAGUGUUUGGUUGGCGAAGCGGCAGGAACAAUCGAUCAACAAACGAUUAACGACAGUAAUUUUGGCGCUGCUUGGCAGUUUCUCAUCGACCGAUUUGAGGACAGGCGGAAAAUCAUCGAUAUUCACGUGAACGGAAUACUUAACCUCAAACCGAUGACGUGUGAAAAUGGGAAGCAGCUCCGGGAUUUAUUAGACGAAUGCAAGCGUCAUGUGGAGGCGCUCCGAUUCCAUGAGUUCGAACUAAGUGGUGCUUCGCAUAUCAUCGUGGUGAACAUCAUCGCAUCCAGACUUGACUUGGAUACCCGAAAGUACUGGGAAGGCAACAUCCCGCACGGUGAGAUUCCAACCUACAACCAAACCCUGCAGUUUCUCACUGCGCGCAGCCAAGUUUUGGAACGAGUUGAACCGAGUACACUCAAAAAGAAGACACCAACCACUCAUCCGCCCAGAAUGCCUCCGUUAAAAGCGUCGUCGCUAGCCGCAUCCGUUGAGUACCAGUGCAAUUUUUGUGACGGAUCGCAUGCCAACCAUUUGUGCCCCGAGUUUUUGAAGUUGGAUCCGAACGCGCGAUCCGAAAAAGCCAAGCAAGUGCGACUUUGUUUUAACUGCCUGAGAAAGGGACACGUCUUGGCACGUUGUUCCUCUACCAAAUCGUGUAAUGUUUGUAAGCGGCGGCAUCAUACUACCCUACAUGCAAAUCCUACUACUGCAAUCAACGAAAAUGUGUCGCAACCAACAUUUACACCUACUAUGCAACCAGUCCAUCCUUCUACGAGUCAACAUCCAAUCAACAAACACAAUCCAGUGAUUAGUGCAUCGUGUGUUCUCUACCAACAAAAGUCCCUUCUGUGUACAGCAGUGGUGAAUGUCUUGGAUGGAGCCAGCAAUUUACAUCCAUGUCGUGUUCUACUUGAUUGCGGCUCCCAAGUCAACAUACUAACGGAGAAGGUGGCUACUUUGAUACGUGCUAAACGCAAUCCCGUGAACGUGAAGGUGAUUGGAGUGGAUGGCGCUGAAACGAAUGUGACAUCUAUGGUCCAUGUCACAGUGAAAGCUCUACAGGAAGAUUACACAAGCAAGUUCGAGUGUCUGGUGAUGAAACGAAUCACUGGAAUCGUCCCGGCCACCUACAUCGACGUUUCUACUUGGCCGGUUCCUACUGAUCUACAGCUGGCGGAUCCACACUACAAUUGUCCGCAAAAGGUGGACAUGCUCAUCGGCAUCAGCCACUUCUUUGGGCUCCUGAAAUCUGGUAAGAUCAAGCUAGCAGAACAUCUUCCUUAUCUACAGCAAACAGUAUUCGGCUGGGUGGUUGGUGGUCUAGUCGACACCGCCACUUGGAACUACAAACUGGUCCAUUGCAACGCAGCGGUUCAAGAAGCAGAACUAGACGGAUUAGUCCAACGGUUCUGGGAACAAGAAGAGAUCCUACCAGCGCGCCUAGUGUCGUCCGAGGAGACGGCGUGCGAGGCCAUCUACAAUCAAACACACACCAGAGAUUCCAGCGGGAGGUACACGGUCAAACUUCCCUUUCGUGACAAUGUGAGUCAACUUGGUGACUCCAAACAUCAUGCUCUACAACGGUUUGACUAUCUCGAAAAGAAACUUCAGCGGAAUCCAGAACUCAAAAAGGCUUACUGUGCGUUCAUGGCGGAGUACAUCGAGCUAGGCCACUGCAAAAUUGUUGAUCCGUCAGACGAUGGGUUUUAUUUGCCUCACCACGCCAUACUCAAGCCCUCUUCCUCUACUACCAAACUACGAACGGUGUUCGACGCAUCGGCCAAAUCUACUUCUGGUCUAUCAUUGAACGACACUCUUAUGAUAGGGCCAACGAUCCAGGAUCCAUUGCUCUUCAUCAUACUUCGUUUCCGAACACAUCGUUAUGUGUUUACUGGCGACAUUUCUAAAAUGUAUAGAAUGAUUAAUAUUCAUCCGGAGCAUACAAAAUAUCAACGUGUGCUUUGGCGGAAUCAUCCUACUGAAGCUCUACAGACCAUGGAACUGACAACGGUCACAUAUGGGACAGCAUCCGCUCCGUAUUUGGCCACACGAACGCUGAAGCAACUGGUACAAGACGAGGGUCGAGAAUUUCCAGUCGGUGGUCCCAUUUUGGAUCAGGACUUCUACGUCGACGAUGUGCUUUCCGGUGGCGACUCGGUGGAGCACAUAAUACAAGCACGCACAGAAUUGGUCCAGCUCUUGCGACGAGGCGGUUUCAAUCUACACAAAUGGUGCUCAAACAGUUCCGAAUUUUUGAGUACUAUUCCCGAAGAUCAACGAGAGAAACAAAUUUCGUUUGACAAGAGUGACGUGAACGAUCUCAUCAAAACGCUUGGCCUACUGUGGAAUCCUCUACUCGACCAUUUUACAUUCCACAUUUCGGCUGCUGAUUGUCAACGAGCUGUUACAAAGGCUUUGUAA